GCUUGCGGUUGUCGGCAGUUUCGGUUCGCUGCGGCGCGUAGAGGGUAUCAGUGGCUUUAACGCUGUAGUUCAUUCACACGUUUCGUACGAGAUUUGGCGCGAAUUUUGAGUGCCCGUUGGUGCGGUUUUUUUUUGAAAGUUCAGAGUCUAUAUAAAAAGACCGGCGCCUAAAGAAGAAGCAGAAGAAAACGAAAAAAAGCUGCGAAAAAGGUUAUUUCAAGAAACCUGUUCCUUGGUAUGGCCUCUGCUCGUAAACUGGAGAAUAAGAAAUGGACAGAUAUAUUAACAUGUCGUCAAAUCUUGAACAUAAUGGUCAUCUUGGGGUUUAUGUUCAAUUACAUGCUGAGAGUGAACUUGACAAUCGCCAUAGUGGAUAUGAUAGAGAUUCAAGAUGUUCCCUUUACAAAUUCUUCAGUGAACAGCACUUCCACAAAACCACUAAUAAACCGCAUGGCUGAAACAAGGUUCAAUUGGAACACCGAUCAAAAAAAUGCAAUUCUAGGUAGUUUUUUUUGGGGCUACUUGCUGACAGAGCUGCCUGGCGGUAGAAUGGCAGAAAUAGUUGGAGCUCGAAAAAUCUUUGGAGGAGGAAUGCUUAUGGCCUCCAUAUUGACUAUACUCACACCUGCAGCCGCUUACUUGGAUUACUACGUAAUACUAAUUUUGAGGGCCGUACUUGGCUUCUUUUUAGGGGCCACUUGGCCGGCUAUUCCCCCGAUGGCUGCCAGUUGGAUACCUCCUAUGGAACGAUCUAAAUUCAUAGCAAACAUGAUGGCCUCAAGUUUGGGAGCUGCUGCCACAAUGCCGGUUUGUGGAUAUUUAAUUGACUCGUAUGGUUGGGCCAGUGUUUUUUACGUCACUGGAUUAAUUGGUCUGGUGUGGUCCGCAUUAUGGUUUGUUUUGAUCUAUGAUUCUCCGGCCCAACAUCCAAGAAUCAACGAAGAGGAACGAUAUGAAAUUGAGACAAAAAUUGCUGAAGGAGAAGGUGGUAAUUCAAAGAAACCAUCCUACGUACCAUGGAAGCAAAUAUUUUUAAGCAUGCCGGUCUGGGCUAUUAUAAUCACUCACGGAUGUUCCGUUUUCGGAUAUUUCUUAGUUGUAAACCAAUUGCCGACUUACAUGAAAGACGUGCUCCAUUUUAAUAUCAAGGAAAAUGGAUUGCUGAGUAGCUUACCAUAUUUAGGCAAGUAUCUAAUGGCCAUAAUAGCAUCUUACAUCGCAGAUAAACUACGUAAAUCAGGAAAAUUAUCUACAACGGCGACCAGGAAAAUCUUCACUACCUUUGCCGUACUUCCUCCAGGUUUGCUGAUGAUCAUCCAGGCAAUCUGGGGCAUGAACGCUGCCCUAUCCGUAAGCGUUUUUACCAUUAGUCUAUUCUUUAAUGGCGCGGUCACAGCUGGGUACCUUUCAAAUGGCUUAGAUAUUGCACCCAAUUUUUCCGGGACUAUAUUCGGAUUGGCGAAUACACUUUCUAGUAUCGGAGGAUGGGUUUCUACAAAAAUGGUCGCAAUAAUAACAGGAACCCAAAGUACUUUUGAUACGUGGAAGUACGUAUUUUAUGUGCUGGUGGCCACGUACAUCUUUGGAGCGCUAUUUUAUUUAAUAUUCGGCAGUGGAAAACUGCAAACAUGGAAUAACCCUGAGGAACAUACCAGACAAAAUGGACAAGAGUUGCAACCGUUAAAAACCAAAGCUGAGAUUGAUAAGGAAAAAGAAAUAAACAUGGCUUAGUAAUAAAAAAUAUCCAUUUUGGAUAAUUUUUGGUUUAGAGACUGAGACAAGUAUUUAAAAAAAUGUAAAUCCUAUUACUCACAGAUUGUAGGCACAUAUUUUGACAACGUAAGAUUUUAUAUAAGUAUCAUUACAAUUUUAAUUAUCCAAUAUAUGUUCACCUUUUCUAAGGCCUACCAAAAGUAUUUUCAGUAAAAAAACAAUACUAGUUAUAUAUACAAAAAAUAUAUAUAUUUAUAUUUUUCAGUGCGUUUCGCACGUCGGAAAAAAGGUAUUUUGUUGUAAUAAAUAUUUUCUUUGCAAUUUUGUAAUAAAAAUUAAUGAGA